UGUGUAAUUUUUGGGGUCACACAAAUGCCACAAACAUGGUUUUCUAGAAGUGUGGUUUCAUUAUAUGAUAAUGCCAUGGUGACAUGAAAUCCCUCCGCUAUAUAUAUAUGUGUGUGUGUGUGUGUGUGUGUAUGUAUGUGUGUGUCUGUGUGUGUGUGUGUGUGUGUGUGUGUGUGACCAUGAUGAAUCAUAAUCCAAUGAACCUUGAUUUUAUGUAGUGAAUAUCUUUCCAAGUGUUUUGGAGGGUUUUACACCAUCCAUGCAAUGAAAUUUUUUAUCACCAUGCAUUAGCAUGAUGGGAUUAAUUUAAGUGUAGAAAAAGUUUGUUUGUUCCAUGCUUUUAAAUCUUGAUCUCUUCUUUAUAUAGAAGUAUUGGUAUGUUGUCUUAGCACCUAACAGUUUACAUUUUAUUUUUCGCAAUUGCACCCUUAGGACUACCUAAACUUGUGUUCAUCAUUGUCUUUGCAUCCUAAUGACUACCCAAACUUGUUGGUUGAUAACCAUUUCAACAUAGACAUAAUCCAAAUUUGUUGUUUGAUAUCCAUUUCAAUAUAAACAUUCAGCUCUACUACCCAUUUUUAUAUCAAUGCAUUACUUUUAUUUCUGCAGAUUGUGUAUAUUGGUUAUAAUCAUAAAAUGAGGAUCUUGUUAGAUACAAUUAUAACAAAGGUUGUUGAUUUCAAGGUGAAACGGGACAGAUUUUCUGUAAUAACGGAGACCGUAAUAAAGGAGUAUCAAAAUUUCAAAUUUAAGCAACCUUAUCAACAGGCAAAUUAUUACUGCUCAUUGAUAUUAGAGGAUCAGUCCUGGCCUUGGAAUGAGGCUCUUGAGGCACUUUCACAUCUUGAGGCAGAUUCUCUUGCCAAAUUUAUUCCAUGCAUACUUUCAAGGGUAUUCUUUGAGUGUUACACAACAGGAAAUAUUUCAUCAAAUGAAGCUGACUCUUUGGUGCAGCAUAUUGAAGAUGUUAUGUUUGGUGGUACCCAGCCUAUCUGCAAGCCUCUUUACCCUUCUCAGCACUUGACAAACAGAAUUCUCAAACUGGAAUCAGGUGUAAAUUAUUUCUACCCUGUUCAGGGCCCAAACCAGCAGGAUGACAAUUCGGCGCUGCUUUACUACAUUCAGGUUGGUCAAGAUGAUUUUAGGUUGAACGUGAAACUCCAGCUUUUUGUUCUCAUUGCAAAGCAGCCUACUUUUCAUCAGCUUCGAUCUGUAGAGCAACUUGGAUACAUCACAUUUUUAACAAAAAGGAAUGAUUCGGGAAUACAAGGAGUGCAGUUUAUUGUUCAAUCUACAGUGAAGGACCCGGCCCAGCUUGACGAGAGAGUACAGGCGUUUCUCAAUAUGUUUGAGAGUAAGCUUCAUACAAUGUCAGAUGAUGAAUUACAUGUAAGUUCUUGUACUUAAUGUGGCCUUCUCUUU